AUGCUUUUGAUUUGAUAGGCAACUGCAUCCCGUUUUCAAAGGAGCCUGCUCCCUAGGGCAACCAUAUCACAGUGCUGAUUUGCUGCAGUGAAGACCGCAGCGUGUACAAUAUGCCCUCCCCCCUCUCCCUGUUCUGCUUACAGCAUCGGUCUGUAGUCAGUGCAAGGAAGCAGCCGUGAUACCCACUAACCUAUUCAUGCUUUGGAAUGCCUCAGUGAGAAUCCAGGAAAGGAGCCGCGAUUCCUAACCCCUCAAGAUGCAAGCUAGUGCCGAUUCUACCAAGAUGGACUGUCUGUGGAGCAACUGGAAAUGUCAGGCUAUUGACCUGUUGUACUGGCGUGACAUCAAGCAGACAGGGAUAGUGUUCGGAAGCAUCCUGCUCCUGCUCUUCUCUCUGACCCAGUUCAGUGUGGUCAGUGUUAUUGCCUACCUGGCACUAGCUGCUCUCUCAGCCACCAUUAGCUUCAGAAUCUACAAGUCAGUUUUACAGGCUGUGCAGAAGACUGAUGAAGGCCAUCCAUUCAAAGCCUACCUGGAGAUGGAAAUGUCUCUCUCACAGGACCAGAUUCAGAAAUACACAGACUGUCUCCAGUUGUAUGUGAACAGCACAGUCAGAGAGCUGAGGAGACUCUUUCUUGUCCAGGACCUGGUGGAUUCCUUAAAAUUUGCAGUACUAAUGUGGCUGCUGACUUACGUUGGAGCGCUCUUCAAUGGCCUGACUCUUAUGAUCAUGGCUGUGGUCUCUAUGUUUACUCUACCUGUUGUAUAUGACAAGUAUCAGGCACAGAUUGAUCAAUACUUGGGACUUGUGAGGACCCACAUAAACACUGUCAUGGCAAAGAUACAGGCAAAAAUCCCAGGCGCUAAGAGAAAGGCAGAGUAAAGCAGACAUCAAGAAUCCAUCAGCAACAGUAGUGAAUAAUGGGGGAGUCUGGAGUGCAAACAGCUCUGCUCUUAUACUUCAUUGCAAAUUUAUUGUUCCUUUUUUUUUUCUCAACACCAUGUUCUUAGAACAGAAAACACAAAAGCAGCUCUUUUUCCUUGCUGCCUGUGUACUCUUAGAAUACUUGCAAUCACUUGUGUCAAGCACUAAAGUAUAGUAAAGAGAAAAGUGUACUAGAUGUGGUUUUUGUGUUGCUUAUAAAGUGCAUGAUGGUGAGAGCCUAAAUACUGAUUUUUAAGUGUUUUUCUUCUAUUGGCAUUGCUUCUAUAACUUCAAUGUUACAUGUGGCUAGGGCUUUCCUGCGUAGUGCACUGAUGCAAUAGUUAAAAUUGCUUCUAUGUCACUGGGUCACUGGCUGGGUUCAUCUUUAUUAACUAUAUAGAAUUGUAGGCUAAUGUUUUAGUGUUUUCCAGCACAAAUGGAAAAAACCAGUAAUCAGUACUUAUAGUAAUCAGUUUUGUAUAACUAAAAAAUAAAACAAAAACCCAGUACUUUUGUUGUAAGGGAUUGAUAGGCUGAUUUACAUGUAUGGUAACUGGAGAGUUCCAGCUUGUUAAAUUUAUUACACUUUGUAUUACAUUCUCUGUAGCUCCUAAUGGACUUACUUAUGGACUCUGAAUAUUUGCACUUAUGUACUUGAAACCGAAUGCAGAAAUAAAUGUUGCUAAAC